AUGAAGAAAGCUCAAGAUUGUCAGAAGAAGUACGCAUAUCAAAGGAGGAGAGAAGUUACAUUCGAAAGCGGAGAUAUGGUGUAUCUCAAGGUAGCAGCUCAGAAAGGGAAGGAUAGGUUUGGAAAGAUUGGCAAACUUGCAGUGCGCUAUAUCGGACCAUACAAGAUCAUCGGAAAAGUAGGUUUCGUAGCUUACCGAUUGGAACUACCUUCAGAAAUGAAUUUGCAUCCUGUAUUCCAUGUUUCCAUGCUGAGGAAACAUGUGGCGAAUCCAAACAUCGAACCAGAACGAGUAGAAUACCUUCGGCAAGACCUCACUUACCCGGAAGGACCUAUUGAUGAUAGGAUUUGUGUGUGGAUGUGA